AUGGACACCAAGGUAACAUUUGUAUAUCUAGUGGUGGUGAGCGUAGCCUUGGGUUACGAGUACCCGGCCCCAGCGGUGCAGCUCUCCUACGACGACUAUAAGGCGCAAGAACCCUCUUAUUCUGUGCCCGACGAGACUUACGAGGCUCCACAGCCAAGCUACUCUCCGCCUGCGCAAGUCUACAAGGCACCGGAGCCUGCUUACUCUGUUCCCGUCCCAGCCUAUAAGGGUCCAGAUCCUGCCUAUUCUGCUCCUGCCCCUGCUUACGAGGCCCCUGAGCCUACUUACUCUGCCCCUGCUUACAAGGCCCCUGAGCCUACAUACUCUGCCCCUGCCCCUGCAUAUAAGGCCCCUGAGCCUACGUACUCUGCCCCUACUUACAAGGCCCCUGAACCUACAUAUUCUGCCCCUGCUUACAAGGCCCCUGAACCUACUUAUUCUGCCCCUGCUUACAAGGCCCCUGAACCUACUUAUUCUGCCCCUGCUUAUAAGGCCCCUGAGCCUACAUACUCUGCCCCUGCCCCUGCUUACAAGGCCCCUGAACCUACUUAUUCUGCCCCUGCUUAUAAGGCCCCUGAGCCUACAUACUCUGCCCCUGCCCCUGCUUACAAGGCCCCUGAGCCUACAUACUCUGCCCCUGCUUAUAAGGCCCCUGAGCCUACAUACUCUGCCCCUGCCCCUGCUUACAAGGCCCCUGAACCUACUUAUUCUGCCCCUGCUUACAAGGCCCCUGAACCUACUUAUUCUGCCCCUGCUUAUAAGGCCCCUGAGCCUACAUACUCUGCCCCUGCCCCUGCUUACAAGGCCCCUGAACCUACUUAUUCUGCCCCUGCUUAUAAGGCCCCUGAGCCUACAUACUCUGCCCCUGCCCCUGCUUACAAGGCCCCUGAACCUACUUACUCUGCCCCUGCCCCUGCUUAUAAGGCCCCUGAGCCUACUUACUCUGCCCCUGCUUACGAGGCCCCUGAACCUACUUACUCUGCCCCAGCCCCUGCUUAUAAGGCCCCUGAGCCUACAUACUCUGCCCCUGCCCCUGCUUAUAAGGCCCCUGAGCCUACAUACUCUGCCCCUGCCCCUGCUUACAAGGCCCCUGAACCUACUUACUCUGCCCCUUCCCCUGCAUAUAAGGCCCCUGAGCCUACGUACUCUGCCCCUGUCCCUGCUUAUCAAACCCCUGAACCUACUUAUUCUGCCCCUGCCCCUGCCUACAAAGCACCAGCAGUGACCUAUUCUGAGGCUGGGAUGCCCUUCAACUUUGCGUAUGACGUGAGGGACGAAUACACGGGCAAUGACUACGCCCACAAGGCGGACUCCGACGGCGCUGUCGUGAACGGCGAGUACCGCGUCCUCCUUCCCGACGGCCGGACGCAGAUUGUUACCUACACAGCCGACCACGUGGCAGGGUAUCUGGCUGAAGUGGCUUACGAGGGCGAGGCUCGCUAUCCAGAAACUAGGCCGUACCAGCCUUACAGUGCUCCUGCCCCUGCAUAUGAGGCACCUGCCCCUGCAUAUGAGGCCCCAGCCCCUGCGUACAAGGUACCUGCCCCUGCAUAUGAGGCCCCUGCCCCUGCGUACAAGGCACCUGCCCCUGCAUAUGAGGCCCCUGCCCCUGCGUACAAGGCACCUGCCUCUGCAUAUGAGGCCCCUGCCCCUGCGUACAAGGCACCUGCAUACGAGUCCCCUGUGCCUUCAUACGAAACACCCGGACCUAGCUAUGGGUUGCCCGAACAUCUUUAACUUAUCUUUUGCUAAUAGACAGUAUUUAUUUAUUUAUUUAGCACAUUUAGUAGUGCAAUAUUUAAUAAAGGUGAAAUAUUUUUUCA